GAUGUGUAGCAUGAUGCUACCCUACAGACUGGACACGAUGCUGAUCAAACCAUGCUAUUACUUCUGCGAGGUAGUCGAGCAACGAUGUCCCUAUUUUCUUCCUCAUCUUAUCUACGCAGGAGAACCGGCCUUUUUAUGCAUAGAUCGGGAUAUACCUGACUUGUACAUGCAGAACGUGUCAAAAUACGGUGAAUGCCCAGAGUGUUAUCUGCCGUGUCAUCUGUCGUACGAUGGCGCCACCUACGAUGGCGAACUCUGCCACGAUCUCCCGGGUGAAAAUCGGACGCUAAAGCCGCUGCACACAUGCCAAACUUUGAACUCAGCCUCUAGGACAAUUCCAGAGUUCGCUCGGCGUGAUGCUGUGUUCGCGGCGUUGCUAGGGUGGGUGUGGAGCCUCGCUGUCAUGUACUUCGUCGUCGGAUUUACGUAAUGACGAGUGAGUGCAGAAGCCGAUGGGGAACCUCGCUGGAUGGACACAAACAGAGAGCGAGAGAGAUCCCUCUCCAACUCGAACCACGCCACUGUUUUUUAUAUGGAAUACUGGAGAAUUUUUUUUUAUACUAGUCAGAAAUUCAAGAGGAAUCACGUAUACCCUAACUGCGUUCACGUGCGAGUGCUUGUGUCACUUGUCUUCGACGUGCAGCCGAUGGUGCAUAGCGUCGCUAUCGCAGUGUUGCAAUAGGCUGCGUGUGACGUCACUGAGUCGGACUGAGUCCUGUUCACACUACGCGUCGGCGUGAGAGGUUAUGAUCCUAGAUACGCGAAUAAUCAUCAUGAGAAAUGUCGAAUAAUACGCGGCAAUGUGAAGUCCAUGCGCGCUUGUACGCCUCACUCAACUAACCGCCCUACUGAAUAACUUACCGAUGAUUACUUGAAGAAAACUCGGGGGGAAAAUCUCGCGAUGCUACAUAAUGCUUGAUGCGACGCGUUAAAAUUCGGCUGAUUUGCAUUUUAUUACGUUUUUGUUCCUCGGCGGUUGAUAAUUUGCAUUCUGAAUUAUUUAGGGCUCCCCCCACUCCCAUGCCCGCUCUCCACACGUCCGUUCUGCAAUUUGUUCAUAUCAGAUCAGUAACGAUUUCUUAACGCAAAAGUCUAGUAUCGGUUCCCGGAUGUCGUAUACUAUUAUACACCGUUAAUAGAUAUUAAACGCAACAUACGAAACGUUCGAAAUCUCCUCGUAGCGUACAUACGUCCAGUAGGCUUGUUGUGUGGGUGUUUAUAGACGCUGUAUAUGCAUUGUGCAUAUUUAUUCGUUAUGCG